GGAUAAUAUUGUCGCACGUCGCACGCUGUUCCUACAUUCUAAGGCCGCACCUUGUGCUCGUCGGGUCAUAGUCACUCUGACUCUCGUUGUCGCAUUGCUUACUAAUUCGGCUGGAACGAAGAGAACGAGUCGAAGCUAUAGACGAUGCAGAUCAUCAGCACAACUCGAGCUAGAAGCCAUCUUAUGCCUCAGCUGUUGCUUGCAUUCCUUCUGGUCAAUGUUGUUGCACCGGAAUGGAAUGCUGCCUACAACGUGUGGGCAAAUAAUCUACAGCAAUGCCGAGAUGACCGACUAUCAGACGGUUCCUCCAUGCCUCAGAUCGAUUUCUCUUCUCAACUGAUUCCGUCAGAACAAGCGGUUGCUAACUGGUCAUUUGGUUUACAUGAAUGGCUGGAUGUUUUGAACUUGACUGGACCAUGUCUCCCAGAGAACGGGACUGAAAAAAUUAAUCAUUUGAAGUGGCUUGCGGAUGCAGCUGCAGGUGGUGGCAGGGAUGCUGCAAGAAACGUGGUCAAUGCCACCUAUGCUGCAUACUGUCUAUGGGCUCAAAUACUGUAUUCAUCUGGUCAGGGACAUCUUGUUGUCAUUCCAGGAUACCGAGAGAGCUCUACAUUGCUGCAGGACUUGGAUGACGCUCAGACUGUGAUGAGGAACGCAUUUCAUUUGUCGUUAGACAGAGUAGACUGUACAGAGGUGAAUACCGGACAAUGUGAAAGAAAGUUGGAUAACUCAACGUUGACAACUGAUGACAGAAAUAUUGGUGCAAUAUGCGGUAACGCUGUGACAGAAAACUCAGAGGAAUGUGAUGACGGCAAUCGUUGGGACGGUGAUGGGUGCUCUUCGUACUGCACAAUAGAAGGAUGCCCUGUCUCAAUAACUUCUAUCCCAACCAGUCCUGCAAUCCCGACUGAAGAACAAAGUGAAUCAUCAACCGAAGCAACAGCAACCGACACAGACGCAAGUGGAUCAGCAACCGAAACAGAAGCAAGUGGAUCAGCAAUCGAAGCAACAGCAACUGAAACAGCAACGGUAAGUUCGUCAAGCAGUGAUGCUCCUACUGCAAUGGCACGACGGCGUCGAUCCAUGCAUUCACCUGAUGAUGGUUUACAUCCCAAUUCGACGUUGCCGCCGGCUAUGCCUACCUCUGAAGCAACUCCAGCGCAACUGUCAUUUUGUACGCUUCAUGACUGUGUAGUGAGUUCACUGAGACAAGGAACAGUACAUUUGUCUAACUUUGCUUUACAUACUAACCACACUGAGAUAGAUCCACAAACAAUCAGAGAGCUUAGUAACGGCCGGGCUCUUAUGGCACAAGUGAUGACAAUCCUGCGUCAUCAUGUGAUGUUCCCAGUGGCCAAAUUAGACUCUCUCAAGAGAAAUCUGGCUAUAACCGCCCUAGAUGCACUGGAAGACAUCUACCCUAUUGCCGUAAUCUUAGAAGAUGGUGCCAUAUGGAUCAGACUGACGGGUGUAUGUUGUGAACUUGUACAUUGCUGCGAUUCCGAGUCUAAAUUUACUUGGCGUCCAGUACACAACUGGUUCAAGUGUCAUGUUUCAAUUGAGAGCUCUCCUGUUAACCUUCAUGCCCUUGGUACCGCCAUAUGGGAGUGCAUCCAGUCUGCUCUAGAAGAGAUGUUCCAGUGCGACCCUGAAGGAUGGAGAUACAUACAGUAAUUCCACAGACUGAUUUGACGUGAUAUUUCACUGUGAACCGCUUGCUUGCUGAUUAGUUUAGUAUGCUCGUAUAACUGUCUGCUUCGUCUGUGAACCGCUAGCUUGCUGAUCAAUUUAGUGUGCUCGUAUAAACUGUUUGCUUGGUCUGUCAUUUUGUUAGUUUAUGGAUCAUCAUCAGUCUAGAGUCUGUGUGGCUGCGCGUAUUUGGUAGCAAAGCAUGUAGCUACUAUCUAGCUGUAGUUAAUAAACUGUUUUGUUGAGUUCGAUCUCAUGCAUUGUAAUUGUAUUUGUAA